AUUUCUCUGCUGUGCAGUGAAAUACACAGCAGCAUGUCCUUGCUGGCAGGAGAGAGACCUGUGUUGUUUACACAUAGGUCUCUCCCCUGUCAGUUUUACUUGGCAUACGCUGGGUGCCGCUCCUGCAUAGCAGAGCCAUACAAAGCAGUGUGCUUACAGUGUAAAGCACAUACACAGCACACAAUAAAACAAUACACAGUUAACCCUUUGAUCGCCCAAAUGUUAACCCCUUCCUGCCCAGUGCCAUUAGUACAGUGUCAGUGCUUUUUAUUAGCAUUGAUCACUGUAUUGGUGUCACUCGGGAUAUCAGUGAUACCAAGUCAGCUCAGCCCAGUGUCAGAAUUCCCACCACAAUCCUGCUAUGAGACACUG